GGCUUCCUUCUGGAAGAAAGAGCCAAGUUGUGACUUAUGAAACGAGGACGCCUCUGAGAUUCAAGGAAGCUUUCAUCAAGGCGUCCUUUAUCCUUGAGAUAAGGAGAGACUAUGAAUACGGGUCCGUAGCAGGAAGUAAUAUUAGAGGGCGUCAAAUCCGGGAAAUCCCAUGUCUGGACGAUUUAUUCCACAGGGAUUUUUGGGUAAUCAGAAAAGCAAAAAUGGAACUGGUGGAUAAAGCUAAUGUUAGCAACGAUUUUGGAUUACGCAAGAAAUUUCCAUGGAAUGGCUUACAAAACAAUGCGCCUUGGCUAGAAGACGCAACAGACUCAGAAAUAUCAUAUAUACGGUCAAAUUAUGCAUUAAGAGGAACCUCGAUUAAACGCAUUGAAAAUCCAUACCUCUGGGCACGAUACAUGCUACAGUACGAGGAAUUCAACGCUGAUGAAUCUAAAAUAGCUCAUGAACACAUUGUGAUACAUGCCACAUCGGACACUAAUGCAUUGAAGAUAGCAGAUGAAAACUUCAAUUGGCGGUGCGUCCGUCGAGGCAGAUUUGGCCAAGGAGUCAGCUUCUCGAAGACUGCAGGAUAUGCCAACAAAUAUGCCUCGCAAAAGAAUGUGUAUAUUAUUGCAGGCAUUCUUAUUUCUAAAACAGUUGGUGGGGACUAUACCACUAUAAUCCCACCUGGUGACUACGAUACUACAGUGGACAGUUAUGGUGGCAAUGUCUAUGUCAAAUAUUACGACAGUGAAUUUUACCCGUAUUAUAUUGUGCAUUAAUUCCAGUGAUACCAAAUCUAUUGUAUGCUUUAUCCGUUGUUAAAAAUACAAAAAAUCAAGUACUGAA